CCGUGCCCUUGUGAGGCUGGCAUGCAGGAUGGCAGGACAGCCCAGCCACAUGCCCCACGGAGGGAGCCCGAACAACCUCUGCCACACCCCGGGGCCCGCGCACCCUCCUGACCCACAGAGGCACCCGAGCACCCUGUCUUUUCGCUGCUCGCUGGCAGACUUCCAGAUCGAGAAGAAGAUUGGCCGAGGGCAGUUCAGCGAGGUGUACAAGGCCACCUGCCUGCUGGACAGGAAGACGGUGGCUCUGAAGAAGGUGCAGAUAUUUGAGAUGAUGGAUGCCAAGGCCAGGCAGGACUGCGUCAAGGAGAUCGGCCUCCUGAAGCAACUGAACCAUCCGAACAUUAUCAAGUAUUUGGACUCAUUUAUUGAGGACAACGAGCUGAACAUUGUGCUGGAGCUGGCCGACGCGGGUGACCUCUCGCAGAUGAUCAAGUACUUCAAGAAGCAGAAGCGCCUCAUCCCCGAGAGGACGGUGUGGAAGUACUUUGUGCAGCUGUGCAGCGCCGUGGAGCACAUGCACUCCCGCCGGGUGAUGCACCGAGACAUCAAGCCUGCCAAUGUGUUCAUCACGGCCACGGGCGUUGUGAAGCUCGGUGACCUUGGCCUGGGCCGCUUCUUCAGCUCCGAGACCACCGCCGCCCACUCCCUAGUGGGGACGCCAUACUACAUGUCACCGGAGAGGAUCCAUGAGAACGGCUACAACUUCAAGUCCGACAUCUGGUCUCUGGGCUGUUUGCUGUAUGAGAUGGCUGCUCUCCAGAGCCCCUUCUAUGGAGACAAAAUGAACCUUUUCUCCCUCUGCCAGAAGAUUGAGCAGUGUGACUACCCGCCUCUCCCUGGGGAACAUUACUCUGAGAAGUUACGAGAGCUGGUCAGUAUGUGCAUCUACCCCGACCCCAACCAGAGGCCCGACAUCGGGUACGUGCACCAGGUUGCCAAGCAGAUGCACGUGUGGACUUCAAGCACCUGAGCGCGGCGCGGACGGGCGCCUCGGCAGAGCCAGCGCCACUCUGCCCCGAGUCUCCUCUCCGAAGCGGCCGCCGGCAGCCCAGUCACCUCAGCCCGGAGGCUCCAGCAGGUCCCCCUGGGGCCAGCUUUACCGCAGGCGCUGACUGCGGAGCGGCUGGGGGAGGGGCACUGGUCACGUUACUGGUGGUCAAAUCCAAAACUUCUUUCUUUAAACUGUUGUGGACAAUCUCAGUAGGGUUAACGAGGGCGCGUGGCUCAGCGAGCCAGCGACACGCCCCUGUACUGUGAAUCUUUAGGGAAUUCCUCCAGUGACUGGGCAAGGUUGAUACUAACGGAACCCAGGACUGAUCUUAGCGAGCAUUUGAAAAUGGCUGGUGGCGAGUUCGGUAGCGUAGAAUCUUUUCAGUCAAGCUGUGCGCUUCAUUUACUCUUGCAAAGGGGUAAAGUGGGCAUAAUUUUUUGAGUAGAGUGGAAAUUUUCCUAAUAUUUUUAUCUAUGUUUAUAACAAUGAAUGAGGAUUCAGAAGACAAACAGCAUCUGAAAGGCACGUCCUCCCUGCAGUCAGCUCGGCCACCUCCUGAACACCCGCUCUGCGGGCACUCGCCACCCGCCCGAGUGCUGGCAGUUCACUCAAUGAUCAGUGUUAAGUGUUUUCCUCUGUGGGACGGAAACGCGGGACACAAAACUAUAAAUACAAAACAUGCCUUCAGGCUGUUGUCUGUACAAGUUCUGGUUCUGCAACUUCCCACCAUGACCCUGGGCAAGUUUCUUAGCCUCUCUGAGCCUUAGUUUCCUCAUCCAUAAAAUGGGACUAAUAAUACCCUCAGGGUGCUGAUGGAAUUUGAAAUAAAAUAUGCAAGUUGUCCAGCACAUUGUAGAUGAUCCAAAACGGGCAGCCACUCACCCCUUCACAAAUCUCAAGUCCAUGGACCAUGUAAAUCAAGAAUUAAUGUACAACCGUAUUAUGUCUAGGAAACCAGAAAUGUGUUCCUUUAUUUCUUCUUCCCAAAUAGGAUUAACUGUGAAAACUAAUUUAUAAAUGUGAACUUAAGGAAAACUCAAGCUCUGAAGGAAAUAGUUUGAAUUUUGUCUUUAUACUCAAGUUAAUCCUCAAAUGGUCCAAGUUGUCGUCCACUGACUUGGUGACAGUUCAGCCGUCCAGACAGAGCACACGCCCGCCCCUACAUCUGUGUGCUGGCCUGACAGGCCUCCCUGGGGAUCAAGGACGGGCUGGGCCACUGCUCGGUUUCCAUGUGUGAACUCUGUUCUACUGUUAAUACUGUCGGGUUUGAGAGAUUUUCUUCAGAUGCCACGUUUGCUUUGUACGUGUUCUCCAUGUUUGAAAUAAAAUGGGGAGAGGGGGUUA